CUUUUCACUUGGAAUAAUUAUGAUAUUAUGCCUGGUAGUGCAGUUGAAUACUUGAACAAUAGAACAAUUAACCAAUAUGGAUCAGUUCAUAAUCUAUCAUUGCUUUUCGAAUUGAAAAUAGCAACGCCAGAAAUUUGUCCAACCAUAUCGUCAGAUAUAAAUGAAGUAUGUAAAAUUUCAAAUGAAACUAAGAAAUAUUAUGACGAAACACUACAUGAUCAACGCCAACAUGCUAUGGAACGGCAUAUUUUAACUAUUUUCUCUGAACAUAUGACAGUAACUCAUAAAUGGGAAGAAAUAUGGAGUAGAUUAUAUUAUACAUGGUUAUUUUAUCGUACAGUCAUUAAAACUAAAACGGAUAACAAAUUAGACAACACCAAGCCAUACAUAUACAUUCAACAACCAUUUGAAUUACAAGCUAUUUGUCGUAUUUCAUUGAGAAGAUAUGCGGUACAUCAAACAGGCGUCAACUAUGCUUACUUCGUUGAACAUUUGGAUUUACCAAUACACUUGAAAAAUUACCUACUUUAUAGUGAAUACUGGUCUGUUUGAGAAUUCACAAACAAUUAAAU